AGCGGGCUCGCGGCGCCUGAGCAGCCCCUGUCUGCCGCUGUCGCCGCCACCGGCCCGGACUCGCCGGGAGCGCAGGGUGUCUGCCCCGCUGCGCACCGCGCACGGAGGCUCCGGCGCUUGCCGCUGCGCCCUCCAGCCCGCUCCGCGCUCCAGCCCGCACGAGUCCCGGUGGGCGCGAAGCCACCAUGCAGCUGCAAUUCCGGAGCUGGAUGCUGGCUGCCCUCACGCUGCUCGUGGUCUUCCUCAUCUUCGCAGACAUCUCGGAGAUCGAAGAAGAAAUCGGGAAUUCUGGAGGCAGAGGUACAAUCAGAUCGGCUGUGAACAGCUUACAUAGCAAAUCUAAUAGAGCUGAAGUUGUAAUAAAUGGCUCCUCAUCACCAGCGGUGGUUGACAGAAGUAAUGAGAGCAUUAAACACAACAUCCAGCCGGCCUCAGCCAAGUGGAGGCACAACCAGACGCUCUCCCUGAGGAUCAGGAAACAAAUCUUGAAGUUCUUGGAUGCCGAAAAGGACAUUUCUGUCCUCAAGGGGACGCUGAAGCCCGGGGACAUCAUUCACUACAUCUUCGACCGGGACAGCACGAUGAACGUGUCCCAGAACCUCUACGAGCUCCUCCCCCGGACGUCCCCGCUGAAGAACAAGCACUUCCGGACCUGCGCCAUCGUGGGCAACUCGGGGGUCUUGCUGAACAGCGGCUGCGGGCGGGAGAUCGACACCCACAGCUUCGUCAUAAGGUGCAACCUGGCCCCCGUGCAAGAGUACGCCCGGGAUGUGGGGCUCAAGACAGACCUGGUGACCAUGAACCCUUCCGUCAUCCAGCGUGCCUUCGAGGACCUGGUCAACGCCACGUGGCGGGAGAAGCUGCUUCAGCGGCUGCACAGCCUCAACGGCAGCAUCCUGUGGAUCCCCGCCUUCAUGGCCAGGGGCGGCAAGGAGCGCGUCGAGUGGGUGAACGAGCUCAUCCUGAAGCACCGCGUCAACGUGCGCACGGCCUACCCCUCUCUGCGCCUGCUGCACGCCGUCCGCGGAUACUGGCUGACCAACAAAGUCCACAUCAAAAGACCCACCACCGGCCUCCUGAUGUACACCCUGGCCACACGCUUCUGCAACCAGAUCUACCUCUACGGCUUCUGGCCCUUCCCGCUGGACCAGAACCAGCGCCCCGUCAAGUACCACUAUUACGACAGCCUCAAGUACGGCUACACCUCCCAGGCCAGCCCCCACACCAUGCCCCUGGAGUUCAAGGCCCUCAAGAGCCUGCACGAGCAGGGGGCUUUGAAACUGACUGUGGGCCAGUGUGACGGGGCCACGUAAGUGGGCGCCCCGCAGGACUCAGGGGCUCACAUUUCCUGCCGGCUGUACCACAGGCAGAUGGGAGUCGGGGUGGCACAAACUCUAGAACAAGCAGGCUAGUGGUUUUCUUUGUUAAAGUGUAAAACAGUGACCAGAAUAUAUAUAUCUAUAUCUGCAUAUAUAUAUUGACCUGAGUAUUUAUAACUGUGUGGUGUUCAUCUAGCAUUAGGCAGAUAAGCCACAGGAAGAAGGUGUGGAGAACCCACCAGAAUUGAGACGCGGUCCACCUUUGGGGGCACAAGGACUCAACGUGAAGAGAAGCCAGUCCCAUGACUUUGGGUGACAAACUGCCUCCUGGACCGGAGGGAGCUCUGGGCUCACGGGUGGGUGGAAAGCCACCUGUCGGUUGGCCGCUGCCUCGAGCCUCAGAAAUGUGGAUUCUGGGUGAGCCAAGACCCAGAGGAGACAAUCUGACUGACGUCUAAAACAGAGCUGUUCACGGAGGAGGGAACGUCCCAUUCCGCUGGCAAAGGAGCACAAGGACAACAAGCAGCAGAGGCCACAUCCGAGUCUGAGGGCCUUCCCUCGCAGGUAGAGUUUAAAUGCUCCAGGGACGCACCACAGGUGACCCGCCGGUUCCAGACGGGCCUCCACCACUCCAGGGAGAAGGCUAGAGAAGACACAGUGGGAAGGUCAUAUUCUGGCUUCUCAAGAGCCACCAAGAACCCAGGACGGGGCGGGCAGAUGACACUAAAGAAGUGGGGUGUUGCAAAUUGUGUUUCUGAAACACGGUGACCUUCUGCUAAGAUCCAGCCCUGCACCUCCAGAGUGAGACAGAAGAGGGUCCGAACGGUCGUCAUAAUGGAUGUUCUCUGAAGCAACUUGAGUCCACUGAGGAGGGAGGGACCCUGAGGCGUCAUCCUCAGAGUGAGCCUCCUUCCUGCCCUGUUAGAAUGUGACUCCAGGGACUGCACUGUCCCCUUCUGCCACCAGGGAAGCCACAGUGAAAUCUUGAAAGGGCACUGCAAAGAUAAAUGUCAUCCUUUCGCAAAUAUACACAACUGCCUUUCUGGGCACCCCCCGCUCCCGGAGCCCCGGAGUGGGAGGCCUGAAACAAUGGGAAGUGCAGAGCUCCACUUGUCUGCAGGCGCUCCGUUUGCUCCCCGCAUCGUGUGCACCACUGGGCCUCUGCAGCCGCCGCACUGCCUGCCACUCUCCUGUCCUGAUGGCCACACUAGCCAGCACUGAGCUCCAACACUGAGGCUUGCAACUCUGCGGGGAGACAGUUCCAGUGCCCGCCUUCCACCCCCUCCCCUGCCAGAAGCAAGGAUUUUAGGAUUUUGCAAAAUCUGUUUUCCCUUUUAUUAAAAUAAAUAGUUAAGACUUUCUUUAAACCCAAAGCCAAAGGCAGUAUCCAAAUACUGGACACAAUGUCCCCAGGGCCAACCUGGGCUGGAUGCCAAUAACUUAGGGGCUGGAAUCACAGGUCACGUAGAGACAAGCAUCAGCCAGCUGGGUUUGUUAGGUGUGUUUUCUUGCCUGAUAAAUAAUGGUGUUUUAAAACGUAUUUGAAAGAUAAGUAAAAACCCAUUAUCUUGAAGGUGAAGGGAGUUAAGGAAAAUAAUCCCGAUCUGCUCCCCAGCAUAUGAGACCGGACAUAAUGAAUCAAUGACAGCUGGGCACAGGACAAUUGCCCCUAAUCAAUGGCUGACGGGAAGCCAGUGGAGGAUACCAAGAACCCCUAACCCCGCACGAGGACACCCCAGCUCCAGACCAGGGUUACGACUCUGCAUCUCCGUGUUUCUUCCCCUGCUGUUCCUGUGGAUGCUCAAAACCUAAGGUUUGGGAUUUGCAGGACAAAAUGAAUAUUUAAGAAAGCACCAGCCCUAACAGCCUCUGUGGGAACUGAGUGGUUUGGACUCGUCAUGAGAGGUGGGAAUAAUUAGUAUCGUAUUUUACACUUCUUCGGGGCCUUUCGUCUUGAUCUCAGAGGCCCCAGGAGACAUUUAACUUCUGAAGCUGGUGGAGCUGUGGGGAAUGAGCAGGACUGCUAGCAGGGCCUCCAUGGAUGAACCACGGUCUUGGAUUCUAGAACAUUUCAAUGGUGAGCCCUGAGGUCAGGUCUUGGAGUUGGCCCUGAACUCCUCCUACCUGCCAGCACCCCUCCCUGGGAAGUUUAAGGGCCAGAGCUCUUUGGAAGCAUGGUUUUUUUCGGGCCCAUCCUGGCUCCUCUAACUGACACUGAGAAGAGUUGAAGUGGAAAGGCCCUUGCAACCUGCCUCCGGGUUCCCUCCAAGGAGAGGCUGGGGACUCCGGACAACCCACCCAGCACCAUCCCCCAACUCACAGGUCCUGCACUGCCACAAGGCUUUGGCCGUGGGAUGCUGGGUGCUCCCAGGGACUUGGCUUCCCCUCUCUCCUUGACCUUCUGCAUCUGGGCACACACAGUCAGGAGGUGACCCCUCUUUCUCUGCCUCUUUACAGCUCAGUGUGAGUGAGAUUCUGCUACAGCCUCCAGCAUUAGCCAGCUAGCCUGAGGGAGGUGGGGGCCAAGAAGUCUCGGCCUAUCCCCUGCACCUCAUACCCUGAUCUGCUGUCUCGUCAUGACAGUGGACACAGCCACCCUGGGCCCUUUCAGUCAACCCCCAGUUGCCCUGAUAUCACCUACUCCAAAGCCCCUCAAACCUUCUCCAUUCUCCUCAAACCCCCAAAUGACCCCCUCUGCCUCUGCCUCUUGCUGAAAUAAGGUCUCUCUUCAAAAAUCUCUUGAUCUCCCCGGCCCUCCUUUCAUCUACUUUCCUCCCAUUUUGGAGGAAGCAAUAUCCAUCCUCUGGCCAGUGACAUUUUCCCUGACACCCUCAGCCACUCCUCCGUGACCUCUGUCUUCUCUGUCCACUAACACACACACUCCUUCUAUCCAUCCUGCUCCCACGGCCCUUCCCUGGGAAGGCAUCUCCGGGCUUACACGGUCCUCCCUCCUGAGCCCACUCGGCCUCCACGCCCCUGGCACCCGCGCAGUGCCACAUCCAAAGGCCCUUUCUCACCAGCAAGCUCUCUGCAUCACUUGGCUCUACAGCGACCCCUCCUGGACACUCCUUGUCCCCUUGGUUUCCAGGCUACCAAGUCCUUGUGUUUUUUUCUCCUCCCUUCCCAAUGCUGCUUUGUCACUUAUUUAUGUAUUUCUUUAUUUAUGUAUUUAUGAUUUAUUUAUUGAUGCCCUCACCUUAACCUAAAAAGGAGCCAAGGUAGAUCUGACCAUGAUCGCUGCCUCUCCGCCUCGCCCACAACACAGACAGCCCCCCUCCCAUGACCUCCCUCCGCUCUCCAGCAGCAACCCUGCACCUUGCUGUGGGUCCACGCUUCCCUGCAGCCCAGCCCCUCUCCCAGGUUCCAGGCUUGGAUGGCACAUUCCUGGUUGGACAUUCGCCCCACCUACUCUGGCAGUGCCAUAAACUCACACGUCUGCAGCCAGGCUGAUCAUCUCUGCCUCCCCUUCCUCCACGGUCCCUCUUUUUUCUGUUACAAGACCCGGAUCCCCUCCACCACCCAGUUCUGAGACCCUCAAGGCAUCUUCAACUCUUCUGCAUGUAUUUCCUUGCCGCUCCUCCCCACCAGCACUGGCCUGGCCUCCCUGCCGCGUGGGCCAUUUCGGCAGCAGCCUCCUCUCCCAGGUCUCCUCUGGGCACGCGUGCACCCUCUCCAGUCCAUCCUGAGCACACAGAGCGAUUGUUAUCUCCAGCCAUUCCCACAGUUUCAAAAGUUCCCGUCCUGCAAAAUAACGUACAAGUCUUCAUGGUGACGUGACAGACGUAAGGCCCUGUUCUCCCUUUGCACCCUGCACCCACUGUCGGUCCUGGAGGAGGUGCCCAGUUUUCCUGUCUCUGUGCCUUUGGUCUCGCUGUUCUCAUCUUCUGGAAUGUCCUCACCAUCUGGAAUGCUCUCUUCUGUUUCCUUCAAGGCCCAUGCAGAAGCCACAUCUUCCACGAAGCCGUCCCUGAUCUACCAACCACUGGGAUCUCCCCCUCGGCUGAACCACCGUAGCACUUUAUUUGUACCUUUCUCAUGGCACUUAUCAUAUUCUGCCUUGUAUUAUAGUUACUGUGCACUUGUCCUAUGACUGUUCUUAGACUGGAAGCUCGCCAAGGGCAGGGACUGUGUUUUAUUCAUCUGUGUCCAACACAGCACCAGGAGUGGUGCGUAGCGCACAGCAGUUGCUCAAUAAAUGUUUGUUGGAUUAAAUCCUUAA